ACUAUUUUUAUUCAUUAUUAAGUGUGUUGAAUUAUAAUUAUGUGAUCUCAAAGCGAGUAUUCCUUUUUUUUAUUUGUGUUGAUGCAUAUCAACUGUUAAAAUAUUUAUGUUAAAUAAAUGCAUGGCUAAGCUAAUUAAAUAUAGUUUAAUUUUAUAAUUUACGUAAGCAAACCAAACACAUACGUCAAACUUAUUUCUAAAUCUCCACUUGAAAAUGUUGAAUAUACCACUACCUACUUAUUGACUGUGGAAUAUCCGAACAAAACUGUCGUUUCUGUCACAACCGACAAUUCACCUAGAAAAUAGCACAUGUAUAAAUGUUGGUAGUACCUUAAUCGCUAAAUUAUAAAGUAAUUCUAUAUUUUGUCUAUUAAUAAAGUACCUACUUUAUUCACAAUGGUAGAUGGCAAGUUGUAUAUCUCUUUCGGAUACAAAAUCUACAAUGCGAUGUUACUUAAGCGAUGCUACAUCCAAAGAGUGUAAUGACCUUGAUCGAUUAAGAACAGACCUAUCAUAUCUGAACAUGUAUCUUUUGGUUUAUCUGUAUUACAUGCCUGGAUAGAGCGUUUGAAUCGCUUCUUCACUUAAGUUAUAAAUUACCAGUACGUAAUUGGCGUGUAUCUAAAACAAAUAAGGAGCUUAUUGACAAAACCAAGAAAGCUAUUCAGGAUAAAUUCAAAAGUAGGUUGUCUCUUACCGUAGACAAACCAAAACCUGGUUUUGGAAAUUCAAAUGAUGGUAACGUGGUACGUAAAUUUUUCCAAAACUUUAAGGAGUCUUCAAGUAUUACUAACUUUGAUGAAGAACUUUUAUGUCGUAUCUAUAUAAUACUGCAAUCUAUUUCCAGUGGUUAUCAAAUUAAUAUAGAGAAGUUUCAGCAAUUAUUAGAUACGGCUCAGUUAUAUGUUGCUCUAUACCCUUGGAUGCUUAUGACACCAACACUUCAUAAAGUGUUAAUUCGUAGCGCUGAAAUUGUUAAACAUACAUUACAACCUAUAGGGAUGCUGAGGAAGGAGGCUCAAGAAGCCCGGAACUAUGUCAUAUCGUAAAAUUUUUAAGAAGGACAUCAAGGACUGUCAACCUUACUGAUACAAUUAAUCGUUUGUUGAUUUCUUCGUUUUUUGAGUUUUGGGUACGACCGUCAUAUAUUCCACCCCAGUGUGUGACGACGACUAUGACCUUAGUACCCCAACGAACCCGACCUUACAUCGAAGGGAACCACAUCCCUGCCCCUACGGGUUGGCGAAGCACGCGUUGUUGGUUGUGUAUUUUAAAUAAAAAGACAGCCAGACCUGCCUACAAGUGCAAUGGUAACCUCUGCAUCUUAGGCUGCUUCAGGGUCUACCACAAGCCCCCUUCGACGUAGUAUUUUUGACCGACAGAUAGACAUCACUUGACUUGACCGACAAACAGAUAUCACUUGACUGGACCGAAAAACAGUCAUAUCACUACUCUUGGCAAGGGUUCUUCUCCAUUUUCUUUGGUCGAUUACCGGCCGGCCCAACAAACGAAAAUCAACCAACAUCCUGAUCAUGUGCAGUAAGAUAAAAUAUCGAAAUAAAGUUAACCUACUCCAGUCUUAUCUAAGUACGGCGUGAGGUUGUCUGGGUCAGCAAUAACUGUGGGCGUUUUAUGUUUCUUUUAACGGUGUGGUUUUCCAUCAUGAUUACUCUGGACCUCACACAUCUUUAACCACUCAGCAAAAAUUAAGAGUUUGACUGGGAGGUGUUAAUGCAUCCGCCGUAUAGUCCUGACCUUGCACCUUCAGAUUUCCACCUGUUUCAGUCUCUUUAGAAUUAUUUGAGCAGUGUCAGGUUAACAUCACAAGACGACGGC